AUGGUUUCAACUUCAAUAAAGAAAAUUAGGGAAGACGUGAAACAGCGAAAGCGAAAAUUUGAGGAAAUAAAAAAUGAGGAACUCGAGGUGAAAAAAGAAGAAGAAGAUUCUGAUGAGGAUGUCGAAGAGGAAGAAGACGAGGAUGAAGAAGAGAUUGAGGAUGAAGAAGAAAUAGAUGAUGAGGAAGAGGAUGAGGAGGUCGAAGAAGAACAAGCUGAUGGUGACGUUAAACAAGAGGUGAAAGAAGAGAAUUCUGAUAACGAAGAUGAGGAAAUUCGAACAGAGGAUCCUGAAGCGAAACAGAAGAAAUCUGGGGUUGUCUAUUUCACAAUGAUUCCACCGAAAUACAAUGUUAAACGAAUGCGCGAAUAUUUCGAAAAACGAUUCCCAGGGCAGAUUGGCCGAAUUUAUCUAAUGAGAAACAAGCAUUCAAAAUCGAUUGAUACGAGAUAUUCCGAAGGGUGGAUGGAGUUGAAACGGAAAAAAAUCGCGAAGAUGAUUGCUAAAAAUCUUGAUAAUACACCAAUUGGCGGAAAAAGUCGCGAUUACGUUUCGAGCAUGUUUUGGAAUAUUCGAUAUUUAUCUGGAUUCAAAUGGGUUCAUUUGAUGGAGCAAUUGCAGUUUGAAAAAGAAGUCGAGAAGCGAAGAAUGAAUGUUGAAAUUGCGCAGGCUCGUCGUGUUGCUGCUCAUUUCGAAGAGCAAAUCGAAAAAGGAAAACACCUGAGAAAACUUGAGGAAAAAGUGAAGGCACAGGGCGGAAAAUGGGCGAAAUUCGAACGCGAUGUUCAACAGAAGCAAGUUGUUGGAAAAAAGGCGAAGAAAGAGAGAAGCAAGCCGGUGACGACAGAAAAUUCCGAACUCAUGAAUAUGAUCUUCCGAUAA